AUGUGGGUGAACUGCACUGUGGGGUUGGGAUGGCUGCUGGUCACUCUGUCUCUUGCCAUUGCUUCACACAAGCCAUCUUUCAUCACCGAAAACUGUUACUCCUGGGAUUCUCUGUCCCAAGCCGUCGAUUCCCUGUAUGUCAGGGCAGCACAGCUCAAAGCGACAGUCCCAGAAGACAGCAUUAAAAAUAUACGAUUAUUAAAAAAGGAAACAAAAGAGCUGUUUUUGACAAAUUGCAGAUUCCAAGAACAGCUUCUGUCCUUCUUCAUGGACGAUGUUUUUGGUCAACUCCAAUUACAAGCUCUCAAGGAUACUGACUUUGUGGAAGACUUUCAUAGUUUUAGGCAGAAAUGGAGCCGUUGUAUUGCCUGUGCUUCCUCAGUCAGAGAGAUGAAAUCCAUUACCAGGAUGAAAAGAACGUUUUAUGGGAUUGGAAACAAAGGAAUCUACAAAGCGAUUGGUGAACUGGAUAUUCUUCUGUCCUGGAUUAAAAAGUUCUUGGAAAGCAUUCCAGAAAUCAAGAAGCCAAGCAUAGAGAUUUGA